AUGGCUGACGUACCACCCCCUUCGCUGUCCGAACUUAUGCGGAUGGUAGCUGAACUACAGCAAGCGAAUCAACGAAUGGCCGACGAGAAUCAAAUAAUGGCUGCUCAAAUCGCCGAACUUAACCAUGCUCGGAUAGAACAUAAUGAAAUUCAUCGCCAACGACCAGAAGAUAAUGAGCAUCAUUCCCAACCCUCUCAUGUCUCGGAGACCGUCCGAGCUGACGAAGGCCAACCUGAAGAUGAAAAAGAUGAGUCCGACGAACUUGUGGGGCCCUUCACAGAAGAAGUGAUGAACUUCGAAUUGCCAAAGAGAUUCACCCUCCCACUAACCCUGACACCUUAUGAUGGGUUCGGAGACCCAAAGAAGUUUCUCAAAAAGUUCCGAUCAAUAAUGAUCGUCAAUGGUUCCAUCUCACGGUUUCAGCAGUUGGCGAAGCUAUUUGAAGAACACUUUUCCGGAUUCGCAAUUUAUUUGCACGAUUCCGAUUAUUUGAACACGAUCAAACAGGGAUCCAACGAAAGCUUGAAGGACUACAUGACCCGCUUCACCAAGGUCGCGAUAAGUAUACCUGAUCUCCACCCCGAGGUCCACCUACACGCAACCAAAAGUGGACUUCGACCUGGGAAAUUCCAGGAGACCAUCACAGUAGCCAAGCCGAGGACCCUUGCAAAGUUUCGCGAAAAAGCAAAAGGCCAAAUUGAUAUCGAGGAGCUCAGACAAGCUCAGAAGUCCGAGAAGCCAAACUACCGAGAUGACGAUAAGCUCUUGAGCAGCAAGAAAAUUUUCAAAUUAACCCCUCAUUUUGAUUCUUACACGCAGUUCAAUACUAAGCGUGAGGAUAUAAUUAAAGAGAUCUUGAAUUCAAAACUGAUCAAGCCGCCGAGAAAGGCCGGCACAUAUCAAGAUACAAAGAAUGUGGACAAGUCUAAAUAUUGUGCUUUCCACCAGAAACACGGCCACAACACUGACAACUGUGUGGUGGCCAAAGACCUUCUUGAACGCCUAGCAAGGCAGGGACACCUAGACAAAUACAUCGGAGGCCACAUUCAAAAGCACAUCACACCUUCCACACCCAGCGAUUCCUCCAACUAA